AUGAGAAAUUUCAUCAAAUAAUUUACAGAAUUAUCUAUUGUUCCCUCAUUAUCAGAUUUUAUACGAAUACCUAAUUUGAGUCCUUAAUUCGAUAAUAAAUGGCAAUAAAAUUAAUUACUUGAAGAAGCCUGCAAUCACAUUGUUAGAUGGAUUGAAAACGAAAUGAUGGAUAUACAAAAAGAAAUAACGAUUUUACAAAUACCAAAUUCUCCUGGAUGUAUUGCAGUAAAAGUAUUUGGAAAUUAAGAACAAAAUAAGACAAUUCUAUGUUAUGGACAUUAUGAUAAGUAACCUCAUUUUGUUGGUUGGAAAUACGGCCCCACCACUCCAAUCAUAGAGAAUAAUAGACUCUAUGGAAGAGGGUCUGCAGAUGAUGGUUGUGUACCAUAUGCAAUUAUUGCAGCCAUUAAAGCAUUAAAAUAAUUCAAAUAAAAUUAUCAUGAUUGCUAUUUAAUUGUAGAAGGAGAGGAGGAAAGUGGAAGCCUUUCAUUAAUUUAAUACAUUUAAAUGUUAAAGAUAUCAAAAAUAGAUCUUAUGAUUGCUAUAGAUUCUGGAAUUGUAGAUUAUAAUAGAUUAUGGAUUACUAAUUCAAUGAGAGGAGCAAUUACAUUUGAUAUUAAAAUAUUCUAAAGUGAGAACGCAUUUCAAUGUCUGAGAAGUUUGCUAAAUAAAUUAGAAAACUCAAUCACAGGGGAAGUUGAUUCACAAUUUUAAACUAUUAUCCCCUAAACCAGUUUUGAGGAAUGUUAAACAACAGCCUAGCUUGUUCCACUAGAAUUCCCUAUGACUUGUCUCAAAAUGGAACCUGAUCAUGUUUAAUAAUACAUCAAUAGAGCGUGGAAACCCUCAGUCUCUUAUAUAGGGGGUUUAGAGGAUUUGAAUGAAGAUAGUGAUGAAUUGACAAUAAGAAUUUCUAUGAGAUUGCCUCCGAAUAAGGAUGCUUAAGAGGCUUCUAAAUAGCUAUCAGAACUAUUAACAACUUAGUGGAGUUAAGUUGAAAUCAUAUAGGCAAAAACAGGUUUAGCUGUGAAGCCAUUUAGUAGUGAGCUUAAAAAUGUGUUGAAUGAGGCUUCAAUUUAAAAUUUUGGAAAUGAGAUGAGAAUGUUUCACGAAGGAGCAUCAAUUCCCUUUUUAAAUUCUCUGUAUUAAUUAUAUCCUGAAUCUGAAUUUUUGAUUUUGGGAGUUCUAGCACCAGAUUCAAAUGCACAUGGUCCAAAUGAAAAUUUAAACAUAGAAUAUUUGAAUAACUUAAUUGGUUGCUUGGCAUAUAUAUUCACAAGUUAACACAUUUGA